UUUGUGGAAGAGGAAGCUUUCUCGCCAUGGCUAGAACUAAGCAGACCGCUCGUAAAUCCACCGGAGGCAAAGCUCCCAGGAAGCAGCUGGCCACCAAGGCCGCCAGGAAGAGCGCCCCGGCCACCGGUGGCGUCAAGAAGCCUCACCGCUACCGGCCCGGCACCGUGGCUCUGAGGGAGAUCCGCCGCUACCAGAAGUCCACCGAGCUGCUCAUCCGCAAGCUGCCCUUCCAGCGCCUGGUAAGAGAGAUCGCCCAGGACUUCAAGACCGAUCUGCGCUUCCAGAGCUCGGCCGUCAUGGCUCUGCAGGAGGCCAGCGAGGCUUACCUGGUCGGCCUCUUCGAGGACACCAACCUGUGCGCCAUCCACGCCAAGAGGUUAAAUAAAAUGUCUGGCCGAGGAAAAGGAGGUAAGGGGCUCGGGAAAGGAGGCGCCAAGCGUCACCGCAAAGUUCUCCGUGAUAACAUCCAGGGCAUCACCAAGCCCGCCAUCCGCCGCCUGGCUCGCCGCGGUGGAGUCAAGCGUAUCUCUGGUCUCAUCUACGAGGAGACCCGCGGGGUGCUCAAGGUUUUCCUGGAGAACGUCAUCCGCGACGCCGUCACCUACACUGAGCACGCCAAGAGGAAGACCGUUACCGCCAUGGACGUGGUUUAUGCUCUCAAGAGGCAGGGCCGCACUCUCUACGGCUUCGGAGGCUGAACUGGACCGACACUACUCAACAACACAAAGGCUCUUCUAAGAGCCGCCCACUCUAGUUUUCAGAGCGGUUCUCCUUUGUUCUACAUAUCACAUGCGAUAUCGCACUACCUGCUUGAACCAUCAAGAAUAAGUUUAUUAGUAUAUACUUGGGCACGGCGGCUGUUAUGUGAUUCUAGCACGAACUACGAGUCUUUUAAACUCAACAUGUGUGAACGCCACAGAUGCUAUUGUGUGUAAUGCAUAUUUUCAAAUUUCACUGAAAACCAUUUACCAUUUGUAUAGUCUGGAUUUGCUAUGUGAGUUAC